CGUAGGGCUAUGACUUAGCAUUUAUGAAGACGGUCUGUUCAAUUCUCGUCGUGUUAUGAUUGUGUUUUUGUCCUUAGAGAAACACACUGUCAGUGUGUAGCAGACUGGUAUAGCUGGUGAAUAAUACAGGCAUCUACGUAAAGAGCCGCUGCACGAGAAGUUAAGCAUCCCAGUCAGCAAUCGGAUAAUUAUCAACACCGUUUGAUUACCUCCCAUCUGUGUGUUGCAUUUCAUUACUUCCCCUGGGCGAGCUAACAUGGAAGUUAGGCCUACACGACAACUCGUAAUCACAGGGAUCAUUUUUGCCCUCAAUUUUUACGCUAGCGGCUACCAGACGGGAGCCCCCAUGAGCACAUGUCUAACCAGAUAUCCCAAGCAUGGAGCCAGUACUCAGCAGCAGCCAGUACCCUUCAUAAUUCAGCUCUCCCAGUCAACAUACACAGCCGGCACUGAGCAGUUGAUCAAUGUCACCGUACGCGGCACGGCUGGCCACGGGUUCAAAGGUCUGCAAAUGGCCGCUUUCAAGGCCAGCAACGAGGAGGAGGCGGUGGGAACGUUCCAGACUUUUGAUGCAACCAAAUACCGAGCCUUCACGUGUCAUGGGGGCUAUAAGGACAGUAUGAUAACCCACAUCAACAAUUUAAGUUUUGAAUGA